GACAAGCCGUGUCUGUCAGCUGUGAAGGCUUCACUCUAAUUGUCCUUCUACCUUGAAUAGAAGUUUUCCUGAUAAGAAUAAACAAGGAAAAGGUCCUUGCCUCCUGGAAGAAGAAAUCUACCAGAUUACCUUGAUGUGUGAGGAAGCUGAUUUGGUAUUGGAAAGUAUUGUGGAGCUAGGAGGAAUCAAACUGCUCUAUUUUCUUCAUUUUCAAACUCACCUUGGGCAGGCAUGUAAACACCAUUGUCCAGGCUUUCAUUCCAGAGGGAGAUGUCUACUUUGCUGUUUUUCUUUGUGUGAAGACAAUGACAGUGGUUGAAAUUACAGGAUAGAAUAUGAGAAUGCUAAGUAAUGCUGUGAAAUCCCAGAAUCUCCUUUAUUCAGGAAGAUGAAUAAACAGAGAUGUAAAACCAUCUAAGGGCUAAAAUGAAAAGAAUUAAUGGAAAUUUAACAUUUUUGCCCUUUGAAAUGGAGACGGCUGUUAACUGUUCUCAAUUUAAACAUAAUAACUGCUUAUAGCAAAAAAUUAAGCGUAUAGAAAUAUAGAAAGUUGGGGGGAAAGGCAAAUACUCCCUCCCCAGCCCCAAAAGGAAAGCCAGUGAACAUGACUUCAUGGAGGCGUGUCCUUUGUGGAUGAACCACAUCGGGACAUGGAGGGAGCAAAGCCUUCCUGCUCCUUGUUGACCGACACCUGACCAAGUGUCAGCCAUCUGAGACAGAGGUGCUGCAGUGGCCUUAGAGAGGCCUGUUGAGAGCAGAUCCAGGUCCUGGUCAGGUCAGGGGACAGACAAUGCUCAAAUACCUCCAGGCUGCUGAGUGCUGGGUGCCUGGGCAGGUUCUGUCACUCAUCUUGCCUGUCUGGCCCUCCUCACAGUGGCACUAAGAGCUAUUUGCAUAACUGUCCCAUUUCCACAGAUGGGAUGAAGCCUCAGGUUGUUCAGCUGACUGUCCGGGACACAGAAGGGGCGUUCAAACCCAUUUGGCACUGGCAUUAAAGCCUGUAAUCUAUUAUGCUCCAUCUGGAAAGCUCCCUCUUCCUCCCAAAGGUGAAUGCUGGUGCUUUCCUUAGGAGUAGAAUCUGUACUUCCUCAGCAUCCCUUGGUCCCCUUUCGUGGACAAGAAAGGUGUCCUUUGGCAGGACAGUGUGGCUUAUCUCAAGAGCCAUCCCGUGUCUGUCUGACCAAAACAACCUCCUAGUCUGCAGCUGGAGCCAAUUUAAUCAUUUUUUAUGCAUCUAGAAAUGCAAGUAUCAGAAGGAAAACAUGGGAGAAGGGGAAGAGCAUGAGGCUGGAGGUUAGCCCUGCCACUGGAUACCUCCAUGCUACAAUAUAUGCAACACCUGUACUAGCAGCCCAGGGUUUUAGAGCCUCAGAUAUGCAUUUAGUGCAGAGUACAUGUUAGGAUGACUCGACAGUCAACGUAUUUUUAUCAUCGUGUGCAUCUGAGCUUCAUGUUAAAUAUUCUUGCAAGUUUAUAUAACUUUUUUUUUUUUUGAGAUGGAGUCUCACUCUGUCCUCAAACAGGAGUGCAGUGGCACAAUCUCAGCUCACUGCACCCUCCGCCUCCCAGGUUCAAGAGAUUCUCCUGUCUCAGCCUCCCAAGUAGCUGGAACUACAGGCAUGCACCACCAUACCCAGCUAAUUUUUGUAUUUUUAAUAGAGACGGGGUUUAACCAUGUUGGUCAGGAUGGUCUCGAUUUCCUGACCUCGUGAUCCCCUCAUCUUGGCCUCCCAAAGUGCUGGGAUUACAGGUGUGAGCCACCACACCCAGCCUGGAUAACUUUUUUUUAAGGCUUGAACAUUUUUUAAAAGAAAAGGUUUUUAAAGGGCUCACAGUAUUUUUGAUGGCUCCAAAGCUCCAUGUUCUACCACCUGUGUUUGGGUCUACAGAACUCCACCUCAAACCCCUGGACAGAAAUCUGUCUUCAGCAGUUGAUUACAAAGCUAGUACCCUGGUAGCUUAGAAAAUAGAUCCUCACCAAAUCCCUGGGGGCCACUUUACACACUGCUGCAGACCUCUAUUUUCUCAUCUGUUUGAUAAGAACCGCCCUCGUUACUGCCCUGAGCUAGGAGGAUGGAAGGGGCAGUCCACAGGAAACCCACACACAAGUGCAAGGUACGCAGUGGUCACAGGCGAUCUCAACAGGCAGUGAAUGUGUCAUGCCGUCUCCCUCAGAUCAUCCUACCUCUUCGCAGUUGAGUGCAGUCGGGGCUUCAGCCUUCUCAUCUGCACAAAUGGGGAUAAUAAUAGUUCCUGUCUCACAGCACUGCCAUGAGGGUAUGAUGAGGUCAUCUGAGUAAAGCAAUUAGAAUAGUGCCGGGCACAUCCGGAGUGCUCAAGAAAUGCUAGCGGCUGUUGUCAUCGUUGCUGUUAAGAGGGAUGAUGUCUGUAUUCUAGGAAAAAAACAAAAAAACAAAAACAAAAAAAAACCCACCUCAGCCUUUGUUCCUGGAGCAGGUAAAAGCCAUCUUUCUGUGUUGGGCCAGAGGAAGUUCCUAUUUUGGGGUCUGCUGCUAAGACUUAGUGGACUGAUAACAAAAGUUUGCCUUUAAAAAGAGCUGCGUUUCUCCAGUUACUGGACACCAGGCCAGACCCCCAGUUCUCUUGGUUCUUGGUGGUCUUUGCAUGUGUCCUCCACCUCAGUGUGCCCUGGGUCCAGUGGAAGACCAUGGAAUGUAGGGGAGGUUAACAGCACUGGCCUUGGAGUUGGGGCAGACCUGAGUUCAAAACCCGACUGUACCCCUUAAGGAAGUCACUCACCGUUCUGGGCUUCUGAAUCGGUGUAAAAUGAGUUCACUGCUGCCUCCGUGGCUUGUGAAGGUUAAGGGGAAUUAUGUACAUAAAAUGCCUAGCACAGUGCAUGGCACACAGCAGACACUCAUAAAAGGCAGUCAUCGUUAGAAUGGCACUGAUGUGGCAUCCCCAAGUAGGGACUGGAGAGGUAAAAGCUCUCAGGGAGCAUCUGGGAUGGAAUGGGAUGCAGGCUCCUGGAAAAUAUUUAUUGACCGCCUGAAUGAUGCUGGUGCACACUGGGGAUUGAGGACGUGAGUGUAAAGGGUGCUAGUGAACAAGAGUGUGGAGAUGAGGAAAGUGAUGAGUUUUAAUGUGGCAUUUCAGUCUGGUUUUAGAAGACAGGACCUUAUCUCAUUCAGCCCACCUGCGUUAUAUUCAGUAAUUCGAUCAUUUUCAGCAACCUUUUAAAAUAUCUUUCCCUUUUCUCCAGGACAGAAUUACAUCACCUUUAGAUAUGAAUUCCUAAAGAAUGUACUAAUUUUUGAUUAAAAUAGAACAAUCUUGCUCUGCUGUUUCUGAUGACCCAGCUUUGGGGGCUAAAUAUAAACCCAGCACGGUGGUAUGGUACUUCCAUCACAGCAGCGAGUGGGCCGUGGCAUCGUGUGAAUUUAAUCACAGAAUAACCUGCUAUUAAUAGUUCCCGGGGUGGGGUGGGGAGCAGUGAGGGGAUCGUCUAUUUAUUUAUUUAUUUUGGAGGAACAUGGGUGUUUUAUAAACUUCCAUUUUCUCCUUCCUAUUUAAUGUUCGGAAUUAAUGCCAAAAUCCAUAUAAGCUUAGAUCCAGCUAAAAAUGUUAACAUGUAUUACUUCUGGGAACCUCAAAGAAGCUGAUAUUGCCUGUUUGUGACUUAGGAUACACUUACUUGGGUUUAUUGGUGUUUCCUGUAAAGUAUGAAGCACUAGAUGCUUUAGGCUGGGAGCUUUGUUUUCCCCUUAAAGCUCCACCAAUCUCUAGUUAAUCUUUGUUUUUCUGAAUAACAGUGUUUUUAUAUAUAUGUUUGUUCUAUUAUUUUAUUUUUUAAAUUGAUAGAUAAAAUUAUAUGUAUCUAUGAUGUGCAACAUGAUGCUUAGAAGUAUGAAUGCAUCACAGAAUGAUCUAGUAAUGUUUUAAUGUUACUUAUGCUAUCACUGUCAAUUAUCCUUGCUCCCUGUCCCACCUCAGAGCAUUCAGAGGAUAAUUCCAUCCCUCCUGCUCCCAGCGUGCCCCGUCCCCACCCACUGUGCGUGUGCACGCAUGCACACGCACACACACCCACACCCACACCCACAAACCCGCCCCACCCCCCAUCCCCAGCCAUGAAGGGACCUUAACCUGUUUUGCCUCUCACGGGCUCUUCCCUUCUUCCUGAGCCUAAACAUUCAGGCUGCUCUAAUGCUCCAGGGCUUUCCCCUGUGUCAUCCAUGGCUUUACUCUGAUUACGCCCUCACCUCGGCAGUGGGGAGGACUAGUGAAUUGUGUCCACUGCCCAUGAAGCGGAUCUCCUGGAGGGACCCAGGUUAGCUUGGCCUCUCCCAGCAAGUGGGAAGUCACCAGAACGGGGGCUGUGGAGCUGGAGGUGGCUUCGUCCACAGUGAGUGAGGAAGAGAAAAGCCACAGCAAGGAGGUCACUGCGGGAGGGGCUACCAUCUCCAGGUCCCCAGGGAAGUCCUGAGCCCACGCUGAGCCUGGGAGGAUUCAGGGAAGGCACAGAGCCUGCCUCAAGGAACCAGUGCAGGGAAGACAAGACACACACACACGUACACCACACACACCACAUACCACGCACGCAUAGACACAUACACCACACACACACACCACACACACCACAUACCACACACUCAUAGACACACACCGCACAUAUAUGUCACACUGCACACACCACAUACCACACGCAUCUCACAUACAUAUAUGCCACACAUACCACAUACACAUAGACACAUAUGCACAACACACAUACCUCAUGCACAUUUACAUACACAUAUGCACCACACCAUACACCAUUGCACACAUAAACACACUACUACACACACAGCUAAUGACAGAAGGAGCUUUAGGAAAGGGAUUUGAUGAGGAGAAAAAAUCAUGUCUGGUCUCAGCUUUGGGGAGGAAGGGUGGCAUCUGGGCUGGCACUGAAGUGUGAUUUCAUGGAAGAAUAUGAAGGUGGAGGCCUGGGUGGGUAAGGGAUGUUUAGGGGAAAGCCACAUGGUCAGGGCAGAAUGGGCAGAGUGUCUCUCCUUGGCAAGCUGUGGGAGGAAGUGUGGAAGGGGCGUGAGUUACCAAGGAAGGCUCUGGUACACGUCUCUAUGCAUCUCUGUAACUACUGGAACCGAGGGGCUGUCUGGGAUGGCUCUAUGUGUCUAUAUUUGUGUGUUGUGUGUAGGGGUGUGUGUGUAUGUGUGAUGUGUAGGGAUGUGUGUAUUGCUAUUUAUAAACCAUCUAGAUUAGUACAAGGAAAGAAAAAAGUUAAUUCCACCUUUGGUAGCAUCUGUUCUAAGAAUCACUUCCUUGUUUGUUUCAAUUUCUAUGGAAAGUGCUCACCGGCAGUACUUUUGCUGAUGAUGUAAGAUGGCAAUUAAGUGGAGAAAUUAUCAGAAAGCUGACACAAUUUUCUGCUAGUUUUAAUCAGUUUUAGAAGUCAGUCGAUGAAAUGUGAUGUUCCUGCCAGGUGCUUAGCCUGGUAUGAAACGGGACUCCUGUCCUCAAGCUGCUUUGCUAGGGGGUGCCUAGACGAAGGCAGUGGAGUUUUGGGAAAACAAAUGAGCAACUAAGAAAGAGCUAAACAGUGGCGCAUUCCUUCUAAGUGCAAGAGAAAUUUAGAAAGGAGUAAUGUCUAGUAAUGCCAGGAAGGCUUCCCAGAGGAAGAGGUGUCAAGGGCCUGAGGUGCUUACGUGUGCUGGCUCGCCCCUUGCCGGCAGAUCUUGUUAUAUCAAAGGUUCUGAGAAGUCCUGCAGCGUAAAAUCCGCAUUUCCCAAACAUACUGGUGGGACCACAGAAUCUCUCCUCCCACAAUACAGUUUGUAUCAGAUACAGAGAAGAGAUCUUCUGGGAAUGCUGCUGAGAGAGGGUGAGAACUGAGUGAGGUCAGGCACAGGAGGGAUUUGCUCGGGAGGGGAAGAGAGAGGGCUUAUGGUCCAGGUGGUGCAUGAUUGUUGUAUGCAGUGGGGGUGCAUCCUGGCUGCUGGGGAGAGCAGGAAAGGGGAUGAGUAGGCUGAGUGGGGCCACACUGUUUGGAGACAGGCAGAAUUCAGGCAGGACGGAAGGAAGCAGGCACAGCCAGCAGUGCUCUCUUCUUUCUCUUCCACCAACUCAGGAGACUCCACCAUCCCCUCUCUGCCCCCUUCUCUGAACCGUGGCCCCAAGAAUGCAGAAGUGGGGGUCCUAGGAAGACUAACAGGGCAGAUGGGGGAUCCAUCCCUAGACUCAACCCCACUGGCAGGAUUGUGGAGACCAUCAACAGACCCAGCACCCCGUCUCCUGGGACUGGGGGAAAGAGGAAAAGAGGUUUUUGUUUGUUUUUGUUUUAGAGAAGGGGUCUGGCUGUGUUGCCCAGGCUGGUCUGGAACUCAUGGGCUCAAGUGAUCCUCCUGCCUUGGCCUCCCAAAGAGUUGGGAUUACAGGUGAGAGCCACUUAAGCCAGGCCUGAGGGGGUGUUUUUUUGGUUGUUGUUUAGUUUUAAACAGUGGGGGAGGAGAGUCCAAAGGACAUCUGAAUAGGGCGCCAACCUCUAGAAGGCCACCAGGUGGCAAGUCCCAGACAGGAAUGACUAGAGGGCAAGGCUCUGGGGAGAAGCAGCUGUAAGGUGGGAGGGUAGCUGAAAGGUUGAGGAAGACGUGGUUUUCAAAAUUGAUCAGGAGUAGGUUGUUCCUCCUCUUCUUUACCCAGCCCCAAGCCCUGAGGGUGCCCUGAUGCUUAUUAUUAACUCGAGAUAAUUCAUAGAGCCCCCAAAGGGGCUUUGUCUGAGGGGUGCCAAAAGGCAGGUACCCACCUGGGGAAAAUAGGACCAAACUGCUGCCUGUGGGUGAGAUUUUCUCUUGAUGUUCACCUGCAAUGAAACCAGAGUGCCUCCUAGCUUUGGAGGACAGCUGCUCAUCUCUGCAGGGGUGGCUGAGGGCUAAUUGGGCUUGGGGGAUUGUCCCCCUGUCCUCUCCUCCCUUCUUUUCCUCUCCCCUCCCCUUCCUUCCCCUCUCCUCCCCUCCCCUCCUGUUUCUUCUUUUACUCCCUUCUCUCCUUCCAUCUUCCUUUUUUUCCAUCCCUUCCUUCUCGCCUCCCUUCUUUUUCUCUCCUCUUCUUUGAACAGGCAGCUUUGGAGCUGUUUGUCUCACCAGUGGCUCUCAAGUCCACAGCGCCAGCCCCAAAGCAUCUGAGUGGCUGCCGGCACUUUCCACUGUGAGAUGUGCUGCCUGAGGGUCUGGUGCUUGGCUGUGGGCUUUCAACCGAUCUCAGUGUGGGUGUGGCACAACUGACACGGUUGCUUUUCCUGGCCUUAGCAAGCCACCCAUUCCAUCGCCUCCCCAGGUGGCUGUGGUGGUGCCAGUGAAGCCUGUCAGGUCACAGAGCAGCUCCUCACCAGCCCAUCGCAUUCUGUCUCCGGAGAGGUCCCAUCACAGGCGAUGGGGCAGAGAGGACUGAGACGCAGCCCAGAUCUCAGUGUCUAGGACUGGACUUGGUUUGUCAAAAGUGUAGUCUCCCAUCUCUGCUGGCAUUGGCAGGCUGCAGUGCAGAGUGCCUAGGGCUCAUCAGGAUUUGCCAACAGAGGCUUGUCACCAAGAAUCAUCCAGCCAGCUCCACGUGAGGUUACAUUGCCAUCACUGGACUCUGAUGGAGGAUUCAGACAGCCCACUCCAUGCCUCCAGCACCACACCCUGCAGCUGGCAGAACAGUGGCCCCCAAGACAUCCUCAUCCGAAUCCUCAGAGCCUGUGAAGGGCAAAAGGAGCCCUGCACAUGUGAUUAAGGGUCUUGACAUGGCAAGAGGAUCCUGGACCAUGUGGGUGGCCCCAGAUAAUCACAAGGGUGUUUCUAAGAGGGAGGUAGGAGGAUCAGAGAGGAGAUGCAAUGAUGGAGGAAGAGGUUGGAGGGAUGCGAUUGGAGAUGGAGGCAGGGCCACAAGCCAAGGACUGUGGUGGCCUCAGAAGCUGGAAGAGGCGAGGAAUAGAUCCUCCCCUGGAGCCUCCAGAAGGACCCAGCCCUGCCCACAUCUUGAUUUUAGCUCAUAAGACCCAUUUCAAACUUCCAGCCUCUGGGACGGUAAGAGGACAAAUUUGCGUUGUUUUAAGCCAUGAAGUUUGCAGUAGUUUGUUACAGCUGCAACAGGAAGUGAAUCCACCCACCUAAGCUCUUCUGCAGGUGUGAUCCCUGUCCCACAGGAGUCACUGCUGUCGCCUGGCAGGUUGAGGCUGCAGUGAGCUGUGAUCACACCACUGUGCUCCAGCCAGGAUGACAGGGCCAGACCCUGUCCCCAAAACUAAAUAAAUAAAAAUAAUUUUAAAAAUUACCGUGAAAAGUAUCAACUGCUUUGUAUAUAGAAAUACAACCCAGCAGUCCUGGGAACAGGAGCCUAAGCCUGGGCCACGCCCACCCAAGACUUCUCUGAAGAAGCCUCUGAAGCUGAGCGCAUUUGGGAAUCACUAGUGUAUAAACAGGGCUCUUUUCUGGAGAUGACCCUUCCUGUAUUUAUCUGCCCCGUGAGUCAUUAAGAAAAGGGCAUGUGCCCAGCAUUUCCCAACGAACUGUGAAACCUUUUUUCAAGCGAUAACUCCUGUGGUUGGAUGGUCUGUAAAGGAUGAACUGAUAUGCCAUCUCCACCCUCUGACACUCCCUGCUCAAGAGGCCAGGGCUGCCUGCAGAGAGGUGUGAGGGAGGAACAAGAAAACAAAGACAUUAAGUCUUGACAGUUACGUUUUAAAAAGCACAACCCACACGUAUAAAUGAGUGGAGAGAUUGCAUGAUCAGGCUGAACCAACACACGUAUCCCCAACACACACACACACACACGCACACAGUGGGUGGGGAGGGAUACUGAUGAGAAAGAAUGUGAGAAAGAUUACAUCAGGUUGAGUUUCUGAGAGAAUGCUUUGGACCUCCGCUCCCCAGCUGAGUGGGAGAGAGGGGAGAGCAGGGGGCACAUGUCUGUGAGAAAAAGAUGCUUGAGCCCCUUAAGUUCUGACGGCUUGAAGGUAGAGCAGACCAUUAUCCCCUUAUGCUGCGUUAAUGUCCUGGAAGAGGAGUUGCCCAGAGCUUCCCCUGUGGCCUGGGUGAGCAAAGGACAGGUGUUGCCUGGAUGUGUGCUUAGGUGGGCUACUGACAGCAAGAGCUCCGAGGAAGAGGGUACCUGGUGUGCCUUAGAGAGGCACAGCCCCCAGGGGUGCCCCACCUCAGUAGAUUCCCUUGCCUGGAGGUAGACUUGCAGGAACUGCUCUGAGCUUAGACACUGAAGACUGAGGAGCAAAUCCGCUGCUAGGCUGCGAUGAGCAGCCUUCUUUCCUGCCCUUGGAUCAUUUAAGUCUCCUGGAUUCCUGUGAGACUUUGGGAGCCUCCUGGAGUCCAGUAACAACCAAUCUGUAAUUUCCAGCCCAGUGGAAUUAGAGGCUGGAAUAGCAGUUCACUAGAGACCCAGGUUUAUGGAUUGAGAGGCAAACCUGCUAGAUAUCCGAACGCCUGCUCUGCACCAGGUCUUGAAGGAAAACCCAGGGCUUGCCCCAUCUCUUGCCACACACCUUACUGCUCAUGGUCACUGCAGGUACUUGACAGCCUGAGAAAUGUGCAGCCGCUUCUCCGUUCUCAGAUCAAUGUCUGCAUAUUGACCAGGGUCAGCACUCAAUGGCUGCCUCCUGAUCCAGCGAGCUCUCUGCCUAGCUCCUCUCCCACCAGGCGUCGCAGAGCUGUGAAUUGCAGUUAUCAGAAGCAAAAUGAAAUGAGUUUGAGCCUAAGGGGAAUCCAUAAUUGGAGUGCAGGAAUGUUGCAGUUUCACAGCUGGGCCUCAGGCACGAUGGGGCAGAGAAUCUGAAGGCCACCGGAAGUCCACUUGCAACAAAUACUCAUUAGGUGACUGUCGCAAUUGUAGGUGAGGGAUCUACAGCCAAGAAACGAUUCAGACAAGGCUCCUGCCCUUCAUGAGUUUACAUUCUAGUGGAACAAAGAGACAGCAAUAAUAGGCAAAUCCUGUCAUUUCUGCCAGUGGAAAGUGCCAUGAAGACACUGUAGCAGGACAGCAGGGUAGAGGAGGCAGUGAUGAGAGGUGGGGAGGGGGAUUGCCAUGGGAAGAUACUGCCCUGUGAGUGAGAAAGCCCUAAGGGGACUCGGCUGGGAGGGUCAGCACUGGUGCACAUGGGUAGGAUGGAGGGAGGCAGGAAGAACAGGCCCAGAUCUCAAAGAGACCAGCAGAGCAAGAAGUUGACACUUUAUUGCAAAGCUGCUGGGAGACAUUGGAGGGCUUGAAGGAGGGGCGUGACAUGAUUUGCUUCAUGUGGUGAGUGAUUGUAGGGGAGUGAAGAGGCCAUGCCCUACCCAGACCCUCCUCAGGGCUCACCUGUGCUGCCUGGCACAGAGCAGGAGUGGAAAUACACGUUGGCUGAAUUACUGUCAAAGUCUUAUCUUUUCUCUGUUAAGUCUUAGCUGGCUUGAGACCAUGUAGUUCCCUUCAUCUGGAAAAUGACACCAAAUAUUCUACAACUAGCUGUUAUCAGACCCGUUUCAGGAGCAGUGCAAAAUACAGGCAGCAGCUCACAUCUUUCUGCUGAGAGGUAAAACGCUUGCUGAGAGUAUGUUCUUUGGUUGCAGGCAUAUACAUUGCUAUUAAAAUGCCUCUUGGAUUCCUCACUGCAACGUCAUACCUGGACUUCCACAAAAUAAUUCCAUGUAUUGCCUAGUCCUUAGCUCCUGAGCCUGGUGAUAGAAAGCCUCCCUCCCUCCUUUCCUUCCUUCCUUCUUCCUUUCCUUCUUUCCUUUUCUCCUUCAUAUUAAUCCACUAUGAGCUAGGCAUGAUGCAUUAAUAGCAUAGAGAUGAAGUGAAUACUUUCUCUGCUUGCAUUUGAGUGGGGGAGUCAGAAAAGCAAACAAGCACAAGAAAGUGUCACAGGGACGCUGGCAGGUGAGGAGAGCGACAUGCUCACGCAGGUGCGCAGCAGGAGACCUGCAAAGGCAGGUCACCAUGGCACCGUUUGCUCGGGACACAGCUGAGACGUCCGCUUAGGGAAGUGGACAGACAACUUGCGAUGUGUGUCAUAAGAGAAAGUAUUUACUCUGCAGCGUUCAGAAUGAACCAACAGGAUCUGUGUGUAUCAAUAUGGGGAAAACACAGUGUUGAGUGAAAAAAAUUACAGAUACUUAAAGAGUCAUGAAGAUUAAAAAAAAUAAUUUUAUGAAUUGUUCUAGACACCAGCCUCUGUGGUCAAAGUACAAACAUGGUCUGGGGCUAUAUACCAAGUUCAGAUCGGUGGUUUCCUAUGGGGAGCAAGGGAAGAGAAUGGGGUCUGGGAGAGGUGUGUCAGGGCCUUCAGCUAUAUUUGUAACUUGUUAUUUCUAAAACUAUGAAGCAAAUGUACCAAAAUGUCAGCACUGGUUAAAUCUGGGUAGUGGGUCAGGGAUUUUGUCUUCUUAUUCUCUGUAUUUAUAUACAUAUUUUAAAUAUGUGUAAAUUUUUAAAAAUACAUGUGGGUCUGGUGUUUGUAGAGAGGGCAGGACUAAAGCUAUAGCAUUGGCUCACCUUCACAGCAGGCUCAGGUGAAUCAGUGGGCUGGGGAGUUUCACCCGGGCCUCGGCACUGGCCACUGGCACUUCACACAGAGGCGAGCAAGGGCCUUGGGAAGCACUUAUUUUUCACAAAGCAGGUAGAGAAAGAGAAGGAAAAGAUGGGAAUAGGAGGUUUCAGAAAGGAGCAGAGCCAGGAGAGAUGUGUCAUAAGGAGGUCCAGGAAAGAAAAAUAAUUUCUAAUUAUGGGGCCGGUCAUGGCGGCUCAUGCCUGUAAUCCUGGCACUUUGGGAGGCCAAGGUGAGUGGAUCACUUGAACUCAAGAGUUCGAGACCAGCCUGGGCAACAUGGCAAAACCCUGUCUCUACAAAAAAAAAAAAAAAAAAAAAGAAUUUCAAAAAUUAGCCAGGCAUGGUGACGUGUCCCUGUGGUCCCAGCUACUUGGGAGGCUGAGGUGGGAGGAUACUUGAGCUGGGGAGGUUCAGGCUUCAGUGAGCUGUGAUUGCACCACUGUGCUCCAGCCUGGAUGACAGAGCAAGACGUUGUUCCAAAGACUAACUAAAUAAAUAAAAAUAGUUUAAAAAAUUACAUGGAAAAUGUCAAUUGCUUUGUAUGUAGAAAUACAGAGACUAAGAGUGAAUCCCCAUAUGCCCACCCUGAACAUCUUGAAUUAAAUAAUUGUCAAGGUUUUGCCAUAUCAUUUUUGCUUCUUCUAUUCCUCCUUUUCUUUCUUUUUCUCUUUUUUAUUUGCUGAAGUAAUUUAAAGUAAAUCCCGGACGCCAUGUCUUUCCACCCCUUCAUACUGCCUUGUGCAUUUCUAAAAUAUCCAGACACUGAGAAAGAUUUUUAAAGAGGGAAGUGUCAGUCACAUUAAAUGUUACAGACGACUUGAGAUGAGGACCAGGGGGCUGUCAGGAAAGUUCCAGGAUGGAGAACAGCUGAAGGUGCAGAGGUGGCAGGAGGAAGUGCUGACCCCCAGGCAUUGCUGGAAUUGGCACUAGGAGUUCACAGAGGGCCUUCGAGAGAAACAUUCAAGAAAUGCCAAUCAUUAUUUUGAGAACUGUGAUGGUAAAGAGGAGAAGGAAGAUCACCUUUGAGCAUGCAGGGAUGAGGCACAGAAAUAUUUUUAGGAUGGAGAGAGAUCGAUAUUUGGAAGCUCAGGUGACAGGUAUGAAAAAGGAAGCAAAAUUGAUGGAAGAAAUUCCCAGAGGGACAGAAGGGAAUGAGAGGACACUGGGAUGAAUCUCUCAAUAAACAGGAAAGAAGUUACUGAAACAUCUAGAGGUGGGAGGAGAAGGGCGACAUUCUUGGAGGACACUGAGUUUGCAGUUUGGGACAUGAGAAUUUGGAACUCCCUGGGGCAGAGACCGGGGUCAACCCAGAAUUGUGAUGAUAUUGUGAUUUAUUGGGUAGCUGCUGCAGGCACUUUUGUCGUCUCGUUUAAGCCUGCUGCAGGCACUUUGGUCGUCUUGUUUAAGCCCCAUCAAUGCAUUUUGCAGCUCAGAAACGUGAACUCAGAGAUGUUAAGUAACUUGCCCAACACAUACUUAGUAAUUAGCAGAAUUGUUUUUAGUGCAGAGCCCUUCUACACAGCCCUGAGGAACACUGUCCUUAAACCACAGGACUCGCUGGUAGCACCAGUCCUCAGUAGUGUCUGGGUUUCCCUAGCAUCUCCCAGAAAACAGCUCACUGGAUUGGCUCAGGUGUGUAAGGGUACCUGGAUAUGUGAGCAGGGCAGGGGUGGCAGAAGAUGGAAUAUUCAGGAACCUAGGUGUGCCUGUCCAUCUUUGUUCUUGAAUUAUAUUAUUUCCUCUGGAAUUCCUGCUUCUGCUGUCUCCCUCUUUCCUUCUGUGAGCACCCUCUCUGGGUGCUCAGACUCCUCCUUGUCCCCAGCUACCCCCAGUCUUUUACUCAGGCUUAAUAAAACUUGUCCUUCACCUGGCAGCAUCACAUCCCCACCAACCUGCUGCCAUUUGUUGAGAGAGAGAGACCUGGGAUGUCGCUGGUCCACUGGCAAGUCACUUAGACGAGGAAGGAACAGUUGCCCUGUGGAGCUCCAUGGUGAUGUUUGCAGGUGCAGUGUGGGACUAGGAGGUGGGUGGGCUGGUACCUAUAAGUCAUAUUCAUGGUCUUUAGUGAAUGUCCACCUGGUCAGCAGACGGGCAGCUAGGGCUUAAGCCCACAGGUUAGCGUUAAUGGGGCCUUACUUGUCCUCCUCCGCAUAAGGGAAUGGAGAAAACACUGGUGAGCGAGACAGACCUGAGUUUGGAUCACCUCAGGUGAUCACGCAGCUUCCCAGAGCCUGAGGAUGCAGUGAGAAUGAUGCCGGAGAAUGAUGCAUGGGAAUGCUCAGGGGGUGGAGGAAGAGUUGAAGGGGUAGAAGGGUACUGAAUUCUUGCUGGUUUAAUUGAAGGGGGAAAGAGCGUGUUUAAAUAGGAUUCUCAGAAGAAAAAUCACUGAUGUAAAAUAAAUUUUACAUGGAUGAUUUAAAAGAUGAAACUUAAGGAUUUCUUGGAUAACCGACCUGAGGUGACCCUGAGGGGCUCUGGGCCAAUGGUGCCCCAGGGAACCAGGCCCUACCUGGGAUGCAAACCUAGGAAAGAGGGCUGGGCUCGAUCCAUGCUUGGAUGGCUGGAAGGGCCAAAUCCAAGCCAGCACCUGGCUCCAUGUGGCUCCUUUCUCUAAACUAAAAUGCAGACUAAAAUAAGACGUUUUCAAUAAGGGAAGAAUGCGUUGAUGAUAGCUACCACUUGUUGAACCUUAAAUAUAUGCCAGGCACCCUGAUAAGUACAUAGAAACCCUUUACAUAUCUGUUCUCCCCAGCUCUCACACAGCCCAUAUGUAAAGUACUAUUGUUCCUGCUGUUUCAUGGAGAAAGAACUGAGACCAGAGUACAGAGGCCAUUCACUGGGCCGUUUACUGGGCUGUUCACUGAAGCUUCUCCCUCAAGGCUUCUGUAAUGCACAGGAAGGGGCUCUGGAAGGGGCCCAGCCAUGGGUUCUCUUGGUCAUGUGUUUUGCAAGUUUUGCAAAGUUAGUUAUUAAUAUUUCACUUAUAAUUGGUUUAGAUAGGUUUCUUCAUGCUGGUGUCCCCUCCAGCACAUACACAUUCCCAGUGUUAAGUGUCAGUGAUUUUUUUUCUUCUUUUUGAGAAGAGGUCUCCCUCUGUCACCCAGGCUGGACUGCAGUGGUGUGAUCUUGGCUCACUGCAACCUCCGCCUCCCGGGUUCAAGCGAUUCUCCUGCCUCGGCCUCCCGAGUAGCUGGGACUACAUGUGCACACCACCAUGCCCAGCUAAUUUUUGUAUUUUUAGUAGAGACAGGGUUUCACCAUGUUGGCCAGGAAGGUCUCCAUCUCUUGACCUCGUGACCCGCCUGCUUCAGCCUCCCAAAGUGUUGGGGUUUACAGGCAUGAGCCACCACACCCGGCCAUGUGUCAGUGAUUUUAAGGGGAAAAGGUCAUUGAGUUGGGGAUACGAUUAGUUUGAAUGAGCGAGAUCUAUUCAGAUGAUUUGCUACCACUUCUGUGUAUCAAGUGCUCCCUGUAUAGGAAUGACUUCCAGGACCCAGGACUACUCCCACUGUCCACCUCCUGACUCACCCAGGGGCAUGGUGACAGAGGCGUGUCUCUGUGUAUAUGUAGAGGAACAUGAACAGUAGAGGAACCCCAGAUCUGUAGCAUGUGGAGUUCAAAGCUACUCUGGAGAAUUCUCCCAAUUAUCUGACAUGUAAAAUUGUUAGCAGAGUCGAUUCUCAUCAAUAAAGGUCUCUCUUGUCAGGAACAUACUUAAUGUGGCCUAUAUACUUUUAAGCACAUCAUGCAUUGUUUUCUUUUUCAAUGGCAAUUCCAAGAAAUACAAUUCACUGCAGCUGUUGUAUCUUUAGGGCAGAAAUCAAUAGUAGUGCUGUAUCUAAUGAGUAUGUCUAUGCGUGAAGUGGCAUAUUCUACACAUUCCAACUAUCGAUAAUGAAACAUUUCUAUCAACCUUGCUAGGGAAAAGGCUGAAUUAUCUUUUAUAAAAUCAUAGCCAGAUGAAAAGUCAAUCAGAGCCCCAAAG